UCUCAUCAUGUCGACACCUUUCUGAAAAAUAAAACGAGAAUUGCACGCAAGCAGCACGUGAGCACGGCUUAAUUAAGCGUCUCCAAGGCGAGCUGCUGCUAAUCGCGGCCAUGGACGACGGGAACCUCGACUGCUCCUCCAUGGGCAGCUACUUCGACGGCAUCCUCAUGGACACGGAGCAGGUUGCGUGCUGCACCCACACCCACACCUGCCUCCACGUCCACUCCAAGAUCGCCGCCUCCGCCUCCUCCGAUGCCGGCGCGGAGACCCCGGCCGAGUUCGAGGACGCCCACGUCACCUCCAGGAGCAAGAGGCGCCGCCCGUCGGGCAACCAGGCGGCCGUGCGCAAGUACCGGGAGAAGAAGAAGGCGCACACGGCGCUGCUGGAGGAGGAGGCGGCCCGUCUCAGGGCUAUGAACAAGGAGCUCGCCAAGAAGGUCCAGGACCACGCCGCGCUCGAGGCCGAGGCGGCCAGGCUCCACUGCCUGCUCGUCGACGUCAGGGGGAGGAUCGAAGGGGAGAUCGGCGCCUUCCCUUACCAGCGGCGGCCGGCCAAGGGCGCCGGUCAGGGCGGUGCCCAGGUUAUGAGCUCGUGUGAUUUCAUAGCAACCUGUGAACAACCUCAUACGUGUUUUCUCUAAUAUCAAAAGAUCUAUGCAAUGGAGAAUAUUAUUCUCUGAGGUAGUGGGCUAGUGCUGAAGAGCGGUUGACAUGGAAAGA